CACAGCAAACUCAAAAUCAUUGAAACACAAUAUAUAUAGGUAGUACUUUCUCCGUUCCACAAAAAUAGUCCAAUUUUAAAAUGUCAACUCUUCAAGUUACAAUCCAUUAUUAUUCCAUGAACUUCCAAUUUUACCCCCGAUUUAAAAUGUAUUCAGCAAAUCUGAUUCCCGUCUGAUUCACGUUUCUCUCCCUUUGAUCUCCCGACGCCGGCAAGCAAAUGAAUCUCCAUCAGAUUUUGGUUUUCCUUAAAAUAUUCCCCAUCAGAUCUGAUCUGAUCUCCAAAUGAAUCUCCAUCAGAUCUGAUUUUGGUUAUCCUUAUAAUAUCCCCCGUUUGAUGGAGUUUCCCGUUUCCCAUUAGAUCAAAUGAGUCUCCAAAAUUCUGAAAAUCAGACGCUCUACGGGAUCCAUCAGAGAGUUAUGGAUCUUCACGUCUGGGAAACAGUUGAAAAGAGUCGCAGAUCAAAUAGAGCGAAAAGCAUUCGAAGAUGCAUCCUCCAAUUGCUGGCUACUGGAAAAGAUUUGGAAGCUUUUGAGCGAAAUAGAAGAUCUUCAUCUACUGAUGGACCCGAACAAUUUUUUCAGUUUGAAGGACAUCAAAGCAACGUCGGAAGCGAUUUGUUAUGUUUUCGGUUGAGGGGGCUCAUUGAAAUUACAAAAUUCUUCAAGGAUCUGAGGCAUAAACAUCCAUUUUGGAUGUACUCGACCCCAAGGGUUGAAGGAUACACGAGGCGGAAAUGGAUUUGUACAAGAAGAGGCGCGGUGGUUUGGUUACGACCGGAUUCCUCUGCUUCAGGCGUUGCAGGCGGAGGAGACGACGGUGAGGAAGAAAUCGAGAGAAGGGGCGGAUGAGUUGGGGCCCCCCAUACAAGCUAUGUAAUUAUGCUUAAUUGUGAAGGAUGUUAUAGUCAUUUCAAUUAUAUUUUAUUUUGACUUUUUUAAACUGGACUAUUUUUUCGUAAUAAAAUUAUUUAUUAAACUAGACUAUUUUUAUGGGACAGCGAGAGUAAAUAGGGCAAAUUAUCUGGUACAUCCCGGGCACCGUAUACCCCC